AUGGGGAGACAAACAGAUGACUGGGAUGGUUAUGCAAGCAUAAGCCCAGGUUCGGAUAAACAUACGCGAAUCCAGCUUCUCUUCUCUUCAGCAAAGUUUGACUAUCUCAAGGAGCGUGCAGUAGAGUCGCGGAAAAAACACCAACCGCCCCCGCCCCCAAAUGUUCAGUGCAACAUCGACUUGACUCGAUUUACAUCUGGUUUCAACAACGUGGUUCUGGAGCUUGCGUUCUCAGAUAAUGUGAGCUGGAUUGCUCGUAUCCCCUAUCAAGAUUUCAAUGCCGGCGACAAAAUCUCAAUGCUCAGUGAGAUUGCUACAAUGAAGAUGAUCAGUGAAAACACUAGCAUCCCAAUACCUCGUGUCUAUGAAUUCAAGGCAUCCGCAAAACAGCCUUUUGGCUACCCGUACAUCAUGAUGGAUUACCUAAAUGGUCGUAUCCUUCCCAGCGGGCUGGCAACCACUAUACCCCUCCAACAUCGUGCCAAAGCGGCCCAACAGCUUGCAAAUGUUUUUUCGGAGCUCCAGAAGCUGAAAUUUAAUCGCAUCGGGCGCCUUUGGUGCGGAGAAAACGUGGAUCAGCCCGUUGAAAUCGUGGCCAUGGCCUGGCAUUCCUCGCCUGGCCCUCUGGAAACUUCAUUGGAAUUCUUCUACAACCAGACGCAGAGCGAGAACCGGGAAAUUCUCUCCAUGCAUCCGGACGACCCAGACUGGCUGACAGCUUGUUGGGUAUUGAAAACAGCUCUAACGCACAUCAUCAUUGAGGAUAGAGUCCGAGGUCCCUUUCCCCUCUGCCAUCUUGAUUUGCAUUUUGGCAAUAUGCUUUUUGACGAUAAGUACAAUCUGGUUGGGAUUAUUGACUGGAGCCAUGCGCAAGCAGCUCCUCUCGAGCAGCUGUCAGUCUGCCCGGAAUUAGUCAUCUUCCCGGUGUUAUCAGAUGAGGAAAACAAGCCUAUUGUCGAGUUCAAGGAACUUGUUGUUGAGUCGCUAAGGGAAAUGGAAAAGGAUCCCAAAAAGAGGCCCCCUUUGAAUCAUCCUGAGGUGAACUCACCAUUGAUCUCGAAACCAACACCCUUUUCCGCCUACAUGGCUUCCAAGAGUGCAGAGAUUACCCAUCGUCAGUACAUGGCUUCACCAGGGGGGAGUCUUUGGGUUGGCCAGAUGGUUGCAAAGCUCAUCUAUGGACAGAGCGUCACUUGGGAACAGCUGAGAGAAGUAUACGGUGCAAUGCCCCUGUUUUAG